UUUAAACCUUCUGUGCUUGUGUGCUUUCAGCUCUUGGCCUCAGCUGUUAUUGGCAUUGGCAUCUAUAUUGUCACGAAAUUUGAUCAUUUUCACACAGCUGCGAUCGUUAUAAUCGGCUUGGGGAUCGUAGCACUAUUUCUAUCCUUCUUCGGCAUUUUAUCUGCCCUUCGGGAAAAUAGUUGUUUACUUAAAACUUUUGCAGCUUUUCUAAUAUUUUUAACCGUUUUACUGGUAUUAACGGUUGGCUUCUUCUGGAUAUUUAAGACGCAGCUCUUCGUGAAUGUGGAUAAAACAUUCGACAAAUUAUGGCGGGAACAACCAGUGCCAAUUAAACCAGGAAAUGCUAGUCAAAUAGCGAGUAUUGAACGUUGGCUGGAAUGCUGUGGCAAUAGUGGGCCCAGUGAUUAUGUAUUACCACCUUACAGUUGUUACAACAGUCAAACGGAUAAACUGAAUAUGGAUGGGUGUCGUCAGAAAUUUCUCGACUAUAUUUCUGAACGUUGGAUUGCUUUCAAUAUCUUCGCUUUAGUUUUAGCUAUAAUUGAGUUAAUUUGUGCUACAUUCGCGUACGUUUUGGCCAAUAGUAUUGUGAAUCGUUGGCGUCGUUCAAAAUAUUAUCCAAAAUAAAUAAUAUUUGGUAUUAGCGUCAUCACAUUCAAUGCAAUUAUUUUUGACACAACUUAGUAAUCGUAAGAGACAACAUUGUUUUAAAACUUUUUCAAAGUCCUUGUAGAUGAAUUAUUAUUAAACAGAAAAAAAAAAAAAAAAUUAUGUAAAUUAAUAUGUUAUUCACUUCGAAGAGAGCACAUAUGAAUUUUGUUUUUAAUAUUAAGUGUAUAAACUAUUCUCUCUAGUUUGCCACUAGUUUGUCUACGCAAUCAUGAAAAUUGCAUUAAAUUAAGAACCAAAGUUUCGCCAAAGUUUGAAAAUAUUGCAAAUUUUGAAACGUUAUAAGCAAUGAAUUUAAAUUUUUAAUCGGAACAUUUUCCCCUUCGAGAUAAACAGGCCUGGCCAAUUAGAUAGCGCAUAGUUGAUCAUGAGGAUAGUCAAUACACAAAUACAAAUUUAAAUUGUAAUUUAAAACAUCUAAGUAAAAUGCAUUCAAAUUUAUAUUUUUUCAUAAAUCAUAGUCAACUCCAUACCGUCUACAUAUCCACCGCUGUAUCGAUAAACGAAAUUGUAUAAACUGAAUCGACAAAAUCAUAACGAGUUCAGAUAUGCUUACGAUUUAUAUAGUAUUCAGGUAUAAGUUUGUGUAGACAAAAUAUUGUAUAAGAUUAGUAUUAUUUGAAGCAAAAAGUGACCAAAAAAAAACCCGGUUCUAGCAUAGUUCGCAAUUUUUUUUUUAAUACUAAUUUGCAUUAGCAGAGCCUUAUUGCAGAAUUUGUUGCAAUAGGAUCAGAUAGAUUUCGAAAAGCAUUUGGAAUAAAAUUUUGGACUAUAGGGCAGUUAUUCUCACGAAGUGUCUUGCAGAAUAUUUAAAAUCGAUGAAUGCCCUACAUCACUUUGCUUAAGGCACUUAUUAAUGUAACUACAUCACUUUGCUUAAGGCACUUAUUAAAAUAAGGCGUUAUAUCGAAAGUGGCCAAAAAAUUGGUCCAAUCUGAAGCAUUUUCAAUAGCGUUCGCCCUUGGGCCUAAACUCGUCGGUAUACUAAAUUUCAC